ACAGUUCGCCUCCUUCCUGGGUUGUGAAGGGGCCGCGGCCAUGGAGGACGAGCCACCUCCGAUUGAAGAGCGGCGGCGGCUGCAGGUAGAGUUGAGCGAGUUCGUGGAGAAGUGUUGCCGGACGCUGGAGGAGGCGACGACGUCCCUGGGCUGGAGCCUGGAUCAACUGGACCCCGGGGAAGAGGAGGCGGCGGCGGAGGAUCAAGUUGUGAUAUGCCCUUAUGAUUCCAAUCAUCAAAUGCCUAAAUCAUCUUUAGCAAAGCACAUGAAAUCUUGUAAAUUGAGGAAACUGGGCUAUACAAAAGAAGAAGAGGAUGAAAUGUAUAAUCCUGAUUUUUUCUAUGAGAAUGUGAAGGUGCCUUCCAUUACUUUGAAUAAGGAUUCACAAUUUGAGAUAAUUAAACAUGCUAGGACCACAGCUGGAAAAGAUGGUGAUUGUUACAAUCAAAGAAUGUAUUCUUCAUUGCCUGUUGAAGUUCCUCUGAAUCACAAACGGUUUGUUUGUGAUCUAACUCAAGCUGAUCGUCUUGCCCUGUAUGAUUUUGUUGUUGAAGAGACAAAGAAAAAGCGCUCUGAUUCCCAUAUCAUUGAAAAUGACAGUGAUCUCUUUGUUGAUUUGGCUGCCAAAGUCAAUCAAGAUAAUAGCCGAAAGAGUCCAAAGUCGUACCUUGAAAUCCUGGCAGAAGUGAGAGAUUACAAAAGAAGACGCCAGUCCUAUAGAGCUAAGAAUGUUCACAUAACCAAGAAAUCAUACACCGAGGUGAUUCGAGAUGUGAUAAAUGUGCACAUGGAAGAACUCAGUAACCACUGGCGAGAAGAGCAGGAGAAAGCAGAGGAUUAUGUUGAGAAGAACGAAGAGAGGCGGUCAGCCUCAAUAGAUUCUCGACAGUCUGGUGGAAGCUACUUUGACACAGAGAGUUCACGAUAUAGAAGGGAUCGGAGUAGGAGUCCACAUAAACGGAAAAGAAAUAAGGAUAGGGACAAAAACUCUGAGUCAAGAAGGAGGAAAGAGAGGGAUGGAGAAAGACAUCAUAGCCAUAAAAGAAGAAAGCAAAAAACCUAAAUGAAAUGCUUAUGUAUGCAUUAUGUUUAUGUCAUGAUAGUUCAGUAAGCUGUUACUUUAAUUGUAAUUGCUUGUAUAAAUGAAUGUGUUUAUGAUCUAUAGAGUGCUUAUCAUUUUUCAAUAAAUAUGCUUCACACCCUGA